AUGUUUCCUUUGGCGACCAAGCUGCUUCUUGUGCUGGCGCCCGGCGUUUAUGCAGCUACGGGGUUAGACCAGCGAGCACACGACCCAACGCCCAGCAGUUGCAAAGCCAUUCCGGGUGAUGCUGCUUGGCCCUCUCGGCAGGUGUGGAGCCAAUUCAACGACACGCUCCAGAGACGUCUGCUGCAAACCGUUCCUCAGGCGGCUGUAUGUCGGCCCGGGGGGUAUGGCUCUGUCGCGCAAAACGAGGCUGCGUGUGCAGCACUCCGACAGGAAUGGGAUUAUCCAAAGGCAUUCCCGUUUUACCGGCUCAAUCAGGCGUGUACGCUGGGCAAUUACGUCAGCUAUGCGAUUCCCGUUGGGGGGCCUGCCGACGUCGUGGCCGCUAUCAACUUCACAAAGACCCACAAUGUGCGGCUGGUGAUUAAAAAUACUGGCCACGAUUAUCUCGGCAGGUCGACUGGAACAGGCGGUCUGUCGCUGUGGACCCACAGGCUCAAAUCAAAGGAGGUGCUCAACUACACCAGCAGUGCGUAUACUGGCCCUGCUAUCAAGGUCGGGGCGGGCGUGACCGGUGGAGAAGCCCUGCUUUAUGCAUCUAAAUAUGGGUACCGCCUAGUAUCCGGUGAUUGCCCGACGGUGGGUUACGCAGGGGGAUACUCAUCCGGGGGCGGGCAUAGUCUGCUGAACAGUGUCCAUGGCCUUGCCGCUGACAACGUCUUGGAGUGGGAAGUCGUGACUGCAGACGGGCGACAUCUAAUUGCAAGUGCCACUGAGAACACAGACCUCUAUUGGGCGCUUUCCGGUGGUGGAGGAGGCAAUCUUGCCGUUGUUCUGAGCAUGACGGCAAAAGUUCAUGUGGACAGCCUUAUUGGCGCCGCAACACUAAGCUUUAAUGCCACGGCCAGCCGCAGCGACGCCUCUUACGUCUCCGCUAUAAACGCUUGGUGGGGAUUUCUCCCUAGCCUCGUUGACGCGGGCGCCUCUCCCUCCUUCAACCUCCUAGCUGGCAAAUUCCUGGUCUACAACACCACGGCGCCGGGUAGAUCCGCCACGCAAAUGGCCGAGCUGUAUGCGCCGUAUCUAGCCAAGCUCGACGCACUGCGGAUCCCCUAUGAAUUCGCCACGUAUGCGGCGCCAUCGUACGUCCAACACUACAAUGCCACCGAUGGGCCUCUUCCCUACGGCCCAUACGAGGCGUCACAGCUCUUCAACAGCCGGCUGAUCCCUCGCACCCUGGCCCGCAGCCCCGGAAACCUCACUUCGGCACUGCUGUCGACCGUGGCAUUUGACCCUGCAGCCAACUGGCAGAUUGGCUGUCUAGGCAUCAACGUCAACGCCACGCACAUUGCCCACCCGGAUAAUGCCGUGGUGCCCUACUGGCGCGACGCAAUGGCCAUUUGCCUCGAGUUCUCCAUCUACAACUGGACCAUCCCUGAAGCCACCAUGGUGGCCCGCCGCCAGGACCUUGCCGCCAUCAUCCACCCGGCAAUCGAGGCGGCGACCCUGGGCUCGGGUGCCUAUCUCAACGAAGCCGACCCGCUCGUCUAUCCCCCCGGGGAUGCGGAGAAGUGGCAAUCAGCCUUUUUCGGAACGCACUAUCAGCAGUUGAGAGCGCUGAAGCGGAAAUGGGAUCCCCAGCGCGUAUUCUAUGCGUAUGCUACGCCGGGGGCCGAGGAUUGGCGCGAGGAUUCAGACGGCCGGCUGUGUCGAGCGUGGUGA